AUGAUAAUUUCAUCAUCUAUAAAUCAAUCUAAACCAAUUCAAACAAUUGCUUUUCUUCCGAAUGAUAAUAAUGAAAUUAUUUUUCCAUCAUCAAUCAAGUCAUUCUUUAAAACUUUUUCAUUUUCAUUUCGUACAUAUUCAAAUCUUAGUACACUUAUACAAUUUGACGAAAUUCAUUUAAAUAUUGAUAUUGAUGGUCAUUUAACAUUAAUCAUUCGAGAUCAACCAGCACAAAGAAUUUUUUCAAAUGAGGAACAAAAACCAAUUAAUAAUGGAAAGUUUUAUUUUGUACAACUGGAACUCAAUAAUCAAACACUCGAAGCAUGGAUGGAUGAAAAUAAGAAAAUUUCUGCUGAACUUUUGACACCAUAUUUAAUCAUUGAGAAUUUUCUAUUUGGUUUGCAUAGUCAAUUUAUUGGCUGUAUAGAAAAUGUAACCUAUAAUAGUCAAGUAUUUUCAUUUGAAUAUUUAUCAUUAAAUCGACAGCAAUGUUUCUUGAAUGAUAUUACGAUAAAAUCAAUAGAUGAUGUUUAUAUUGAUAAAAUUAUUUCAUUUAAAGAAAACGAUCGUCCUUUAAUUAUUACUCUUAAUAAUCCGAAAGAAUUUCAUAUAUUUUCAUUAUUAUUUUCUACACAAGAAUCAAAUAGUAUUAUUUGUUCACUUGCUGAUAAUACAUAUGAAAAUUUUAUUAUAUUAAGUAUUCGUCAUGAACAUUUAUUCUUAACAUAUUAUAAUAAACAAAGACAACCAAUAGAAAUUUCAAUAAAUAAUUCCAUUAAUGAUAAAACGGAACAUAAAAUAACUGUGAAAUUAAUUAAUCAAAAUUAUUUAUUAUUUGAACUUGAUGAAAAUACAAAAAUAGAAAAUGUAAUUGAUAAAUUUUAUAUCAGUACGAUUUAUAUUGGAAAAUUAGAUCAUUUUAUUAAAGAACAAUUAUCGAAUUUCGAUGGAGACGAUUUUAUUGGUUGUAUUAAAAAUGUUAUGUUAAAUAAAAAAUCAUUGAUUGAAUCGAAAUAUAUUUAUCCGUCAAAUAGAUUAGCAAAUACUUGUCAAAUAACUACACGUGAAUGCAAAAAUGUUAUUUCAUAUAUUUCAUCAGAUAUAAGUUUUUCAAUUCGGGAUUAUCAUGAUAUAAUUGAACUUCAAGUUCCAUCGAAUGAUGAAUUUUAUGAAUGUCAAAUAGUAAUAAAAACUCAAUCACUAAAUGGUAUCAUUGCAUCAAUUUAUUCAAAUGAUGAUCAUUAUGGUCUUAUUCUUUCUCUAAAUGAAGGAAAAUUACAAUUACAAUAUUAUUUAUCAAAUAACAUGACCUUACUAUUGAUUUUUAAUGAUAAUCAAACAAUUAAUGAUGGACAAGAACAUUAUAUCUUAAUUUUUCGUCAAAUUUUAAAUAAAAAUAUGUAUAUAAAGAUUGAUAAUCGUACAACAAAUAUAUCUAAUCUGUCAUCUUUAUCAUUAUUUUUUGAUGUUAUAACUAUUGGAGGAUCAGAUCGUAUUAUGUCUGAUAAUCUAUUUGUUGGAUGUUUUGCUAAUAUAACAUAUAAUCAUCAUCCAUUAUUACCUGAAGGCAUUGUGAAAUCUGAGCGUUAUGAUUGUUUUUGUGAUCAAGGUUCAAUAUGUGAUAGACAAAUGCCUUGUAAUACUAUUCAACCUUUACAAUUUUGUGGUCAAACUGAUUGUUCAUUAGUUUGUACAUCAUCAUCACCAUUAUCAUCAAUUGAUAUGAAUGAUAAAGGUUCACUUCGAUAUUUUACUCAACUUGAAUCAGGACAAUAUGAACAAAUUUACUUAAUGAUAUUUACAAUAUCAGAUAAUUCAGUCUUAUUUACAACACAAAAUGGUUCUAUUCAAGUAUCGAUUGUCAUUCAGAAUUAUUAUCCACGUUUAAUUAUUCGAAAUGGUGGAAUCAUUUAUACAUAUAAUUUUCCUGGACGUGUCAGGGGUGAUCAAUGGCAUAUUGAUUUAACAUUUGAUGAUGAAACACGGCAUUAUACAUAUUUUAUUGAAUAUUUUAGUUUAUUUGGUGAUAGAAAAAUUAAUUUAUGUGGGAAAAAUUUUAUUGGUUACGUUCAAGAUAUUAUAUUUAUGUCAGAUAAUCAUCAUGAGAAUUUAAUACAUAAUUCAAUACGUAAUCCGGGAUUAAUUGACUAUGAUCCAAGUGUUCUUUGGAAUAAUCAUGCAAAUAUACCUGAACUUGAUCCAUGUUUAAAUUAUCUAUGUAAUCAUGGAACUUGUCAAAAGGAUCGUAAUACUCAACCAUAUUGUUCAUGCUAUGAGGGCUAUGGUGGUUCACGGUGUGACGCUCAAAUUGGUAUGUUAAAACAAACAAAAGCCGGUGCAUAUGUAUGUACUCGAGUAUCAUGCAAUUAUGGUACAUGCAUUAGUGAAGGUACAUCAUACAGAUGUCAAUGUCAUCAAGGUUAUGAAGGCUCAGCAUGUGAUCGACAAAUAGAUCUAUGUUCAAAUUUUGCUUGUUAUAAUGGAGGUUUAUGUCGUAUACAAGAAAAUCAACCAAUGUGUCAAUGCACACUUGGUUAUCGAGGAACAAAUUGUUAUGAAGUAGAUGAUCCUUGCUCACGUUACGAUUGUUAUGGAGGUAGUUGUAGUAAUGAUCGAGGUAAUGCUCGUUGUGUUUGUCCAACUGGUCGUACAGGAAGUCAUUGUGAAGAUGAUAUUUGUGUAUUAUAUCCAUGUGCAAACCAUGGUCAAUGUAUUCCAGAAGGUGCUAGUCGACGUUGCGAUUGUCCAUCUCCAUAUUAUGGUGAUGAUUGUCGAGAAUAUCCUCAACAUAAUCCAUGCGAUAAUGUUUAUUGUGGUCAUGGACAAUGUCGUGAAGGUGUUUGUGUAUGUUAUACAGGUUAUACCGGGCCAAGUUGUGAAAUUCCACUACUUACAACAACUGUAACACCAUUGCUACUCAUUUCAACAACAAUAACAACAGGUCCACCUUUAGGACCUCCACUUUUUGGUCCAAGAUCCGGUCAAUUAAUUGAUUAUGGUCGUAUAGGUGGCCCUCGUCUUGGUCCAGUUGGUUGGAUAUUAGCACUUGUUGGUGGUUUACUUUUACUUCCGCUUGCACUUGCAUUUGCAGCACGCCAAUGCACAGGCGGCGCUUGUGCACCAGUUGUUGGUGGUGGUUAUGUAACAGUUCCCGGUAUAGCAAAUGCAACACAAACCGAAGUGAUUGUUCCAAUUGAGUCUAGUCAGAAACUAAAUGCAGGUGCAGUAGCAGCAGCAGCAGCAGCAGAUGAAUUGGAAACAACACGAAUUGAACAAACACGUGAACAUAUCAUUGAAACAGAUUAUCAUCCACCACCAGUAGCAGAUUUUGGUUAUGUUCGUGGUGGAAUGACUGAAGGAUAUCGAGAUACAGUUGAGUCAUGGGAAGGUGUAUGUGGUGGUACUGGUGGUUACUCAAUGAAUGCUAUGUUUGCUGAUGGUGGUUUACAAACAGAUUAUGAAUUAAGUAAUAUUACUUCAAUUAGUAUGACACCUAAUGGAAAAUACGCUAUUGUUGGACAAAGUCAAGGACCACCACAAAUAUGGGAUGCUUUGACCGGACAAUUAGUUUCAAGUAUGCAAGGAACAAGUAUCAAUUGUACUAAAGUUGCAUUAGCAUGUAAUGGAACACUUCUUGUUGGUUUAGCAAGUGAUGGUAUUGAUACUCAAGCAAAUAUACUCCAAAUUUGGGAUGUUAAUACAGGAAAACCAGUACAAUUAACACAUCAAAUUAAAUGUGCUACAUUUACAUUAAGUAAUAAUUCAAAUAAUCUUAUUAUGGCUGGUAAUCAAAAAUUUGGACGUGGAAUAUCUGUUGGUAUACUUGAUUUAAAUAAUUCAGAAUUAGCAAAAGAAAUUAAAUCCGAUACAAAUCAAUCCUAUGGUGGUACACCAUCCUUUAUAACUUUAACACCUGAUGAACGUUAUGCUAUUGUUGGUUGUCCAAUGGGAUCAACAACAAAUUAUGUUGUUUUUGACUUAACAACUCCACACGAAUUAGUUCAACCACCAACAAUAACAAUUGAUGCGGAUCCAAAAUGUUCACUUGUUUUAAAUAAUGAACAAAUAAUAACAGGUACAAGAAAUGGACAAAUUAUUCAUUGGGAUAUACCAUCAUGUCAACGUAUAAGUAUAUUAAAUGAUAAUGGGCAAAAUGCACAUAGAGAUAGAGUUACCGAUAUAAAAUUAUCACCUGAUCGUUCUUAUUUUGUAACAACAAGUGCAGAUGCAACGGCUAAAGUUUGGGAUUCAAAUUCGAAAGAACUUAUUUCACGAUUAGUUGGACAUAGCCGAGAAAUAACUUGUGCAUGCGUAUCAACAAAUCAAUUAGUGACAACUGGUUCAAGAGAUCAAAAUAUAUGUUUAUGGCGUAUACAAACGGGUCAAUUAGCAUCAACAAUGCCUGUUAGUAUGACACCACUUGAUAUACAUAUGGCUGCACAUAAUCGAACAGUUGUUGCCAUUGGUGAGAAAGAUGGCGAAAGACAACUAUUAAUGCUUCGUGUUCUAUCUUUACAACGAUAA